AAGAACGUUUUUAAAACAACUUAUCUUAACGAAUCAGGUGCAGGUCAUUUUUGGGACAAGAUGGCUGUGUUUAAGACUUUUGUUCGAGGAUUUCAAUCGUCGUCUGUUCGCUUGAAUACAAUUCUUCAUCCACCAAACCCUAAAGACUAUGAAGGGGCUGUGAAAACAUGGAGAAAUUUGACCUAUUUUGUGGCCUUUCCGGCAAUUGGACUUGCUAUGGUGAAUGCCUACUUGGGUGAAAAAGAGCACAUUGAGCACUUGAAACAUGAGAGACCAGAAUUUAUCCCAUAUGAACAUUUACGUAUUCGUAGAAAGAGAUUUCCAUGGGGAGAUGGCAACAAGACACUCUUUCACAACCCUCUAGUGAAUCCAUUGCCAGAUGGAUAUGAAGAUAUUGAUCACCAUUAAUUAUGUUUUCAAUGUGGAAUUAAAUGAUUAGUUAUAUUAAAGUUCUUGACAUUGUUUGAUGUAUAGUGCUAUUUCAAUAAAAUAUAGUCCAAAUGCU